CUACAGUGACAGGUAAUCAUCUUCACAAGCAUGGUUCUUCCAAAUGGCUGGAUGGAAAUGGGGAUUUAGUGUCUUGGCUUGAAUCUGGGAAGUUUAUGUACGAGAUAAAAUGCUUGGGAGCUCGAGGGAAUGCCAGGAUGAUCAAUUUCCAGGCUUACCAAAAUCCUAUGGUGAAACCAGGAAACUGCCCAAAAUUGCCUAAGGCAGGAAUGGUGUUCGAGCAAGCACUUUGGGAGGCUCGUUCGAGGACAUCCAGCCAGAUUCGAGUUCCAAGGUUUAUGCCUCAUGAAAGUACGCAACUUCUAGUUCAUAUACGAGGCAUUGGUUGAAGUAGAACUUACCUGGAAGGCCUUGAUCGAGAGGCCCAAACAUGGGAUCAAGGCAGUCGAAGUUACUUGUGAGAAGGGGCUGAGUUUGAGUCCGAAUGGAAUUAGAAAUAGGUUUAAUUUGUUUCCUUGUUUAGUUUAAAUUCUUUGCCGGUUUGGGAUUGUUGGUAGUUUGUAUAAAAACAGCACGAAGGGUAUUUUUUUAUAUGAAGUUUAUGGAACAACAAUUAAAAACCCAAAAAACCAAGUUGUGUUGCUUGUUGUUUUGGUUGAGAGUUUGGCCAAGAAACCAAGCUCGAUUGAGCUCUUGCAUCGAUCAAAACCCCCUUGAUCGUGGGCGAGCAUCGAAUCAUAUUCGUUGAGCCUUCCUCCAGGUGUAGGAUUGCACAUCGAAUUCCAUCAAAACCUCUUGUUAUUCAUCACAUAUUGGAGUCUUUGCCGAAACUGCAGAGUUUGAGAGCUCAAGCUCGGUUUGUAAAUCGACACCCCUGCCUGGGUGUUAUCAGUUUGGACCUUCACUAUACUUUCACUACUAAAUAAUAAGAAUUCACGGAGUAGUCAUCACACUUAGGACCCGGGUUGACAUUAAAACCCAAACCAGCUAUUCUACGCUCUAGUAGGUGGUUACACUUGGCCAUUUUCUAGUGUGACGGUAGAUGCGAGUCAAGUUUUUGGCGCCGUUGCCGGGGACGGCUAGGUUGUUGAAGAAAUGUGAUUUCUGUUACUUUGGCAUUUCCAUUUCCGCAUUGACCGUUUGCUGUUUCCCACUUGUGCCUUCACGGGUUUGCUUGCUUGACUGCGUGCAGGUAGUGCAUGACCCGUAGCCAGUCGGGAGGUUUACUACCGUUAGAUCCGGAGCUAAAAUGCACCUGUCACCAACUAAGGAGACAACAGCGAGCAAGACUGGCUACAGAGGAGCACCUGGACGGCCACUUUAGCAGCGAUUAUGAGGAAGAGUAAGAGAUGGACAGUGCACAAAACCCACCCUAGUGGAUGCCUCUCCAGGUUCCCCCAGUGAAUCAGAUCCUGGGGAACAACCCAAUACCCCAGGCGGAUGGGGUUCAACAUCAACCACGCCGGGUCCUACCAUGCAGUAUUACUACACUGCACGGUUCGCUGACGUCCGCCCCGUCAUCCUCUGUCCGCCCAUUCCAGCGAACAACUUCGAGAUCAAGCCUUGUUGGAUUCAACUGAUUACAUCCUCUAUCCAGUUUCAUGGCUUUAAAGACGAAGAGGCACGGGUGCACCUUUCCCGGUUCCUGCUGCUGAUAAACGGGUUCAAGAUGAAUGGUGUACCCGAUGAUGCGAUCCGUCUUCACCUCUUCCCCCAUUCUCUGGCAGGGCAUGCGAAGAGGUGGUUAGAGACCCAGCCCCCACUAUUCAUCACAUCGUGGGACGAUCUGGCCGACAAGUUCGUGCACAGGUAUUAUCUGGCAUCAAAGACUAUAGAGAUACAGUGGGAGAUUACCCAUUUCCGCCAGGAGCCAAAUGAGUCUCUUCGUGAUGCCUGGGAGCGGUACUAAGGGUUCUUCUGUGUAACACCCCGAAUUUUGGGUUCAUGUUCGACCCAAAUACGUGAACGUUUGGAUUAACGGUUACGUACUAAGAGUUGCAACCGCGGAUUAGGAAUAAUAAUAAUAGUUAUUAUUAUUAUUAUUAUUAUUACUAUAAUUAUAAAAAUAAAAUUUAUAUGCAGACAUUAAGGGCCGAGCGGCCCUCAUGAUUUUCCCCAAACUCCUUCCUUAUUAUUUAUCUCCACCAGCGGCAGGCAAGAGAGGGUAACCGCUGCCUCCAUUAAUCCUCACCCUAAUGCAAAGAGACCCGAUUCCCCAGAACCACGCACCGAUACACAUCUACUUCCCAUCCACAGCGAAAACCGCUAUCCGCCCAUAAUCAUUGUCGCCAUCUUCAGGCGGAAGCUUAAUGAUGUCAUAGUUGCAGCGUGGAGAGAGGAGAAAGAAAGAGGGAGCCGAUGCGGUGCUCGACAGGGCUAGCAGCAGUCGGGUUUGGGAACCAAUUCCUUUAUACCCGACGUUGUUUAGUAGUCGCCAGUGAGAGAAGUAAGAAGUAAUUUCAUAAAGGAGUCAUUAGGAAGGGUCUGAAUCAUGAAGGAAUCGUCAAUCAUGCUAGAGAAUUUAUGGGAAUCGCGUUCAAAUGGAAUGGAUCGGGGUCCGUUGGAAUUUGGGUACCGAGCUGAAGGAGGAGGACAAGAGUCUAAUUGUUGGGGUAUAUUUAUAUAUACGUGAGCUCCUGGGUAAUGGCAUAUAAAAUUCGCCAAUUAUGAGGUAAAUGCUUUACGCUUUUGGGUAUGAAUAUAAUGAGUCACAGGUGAUGAAUUUGGGGUAUUGCCAAUGAUGGACUAAUUGGUAUGGUGAUGAGGACACUUUUGGGGAUGCUAUACGUAGGUAGCAAUUGGAAUUGCAUGGAUGGGAUAGAGCCUCUGUGUACUUGGUAAAGCGAUCGACAAUGGAAGGUGGUUAGCUCAAACCAAAUUGACUCGAAUAAAAAGGUGAGUGUAAAGGGGGUAAAUUCUACGCCUUACGAUUUUGAAGUAUUUUCCUUGAGUAUUUUCGAGUAUUGAUUUACGUGAUGGAUGUGAAGUAUUUGUUUCAUGGUUGAGAUUGCAUGAUUAUUGUUGAUGAUAUGUGAUUUUGUUUGAGCUAUGUUUGAUGUGAAGGUGCAUGAGUUAUUAUUUAAUUUAAAACUUUACGAGUAUAAGUUAUUAUUAAAGAGUAAUAAACAAGUUCUUUUAAAGAGGUAACUCACCUUCAAGAAGGUGAAGUCGUUUUAAGUGUUUUUAGUCACUAGCGCCAGUCCGUUGCCUUUUGAGACAGUUGAGAUAGAGCAGCAGUUAUGCUCUUGAGAUUUAAGAUGGGCAGCAGUUAUGCCCUUGAGAAUCGUGGUGAAGAGCCACCACGAUAAGUUUAAGAUGUUAGGGGGAUGAAUCGUUACGACUUCCCUAACUAAGUUUAAGGAAAGCCUGAAUGGCUUCUCGUACGUAUGAGUUGGCAACCGGACUAGCUAGUGAGGGAUCCCCGUGUCAGUCAAGUAUUUAAGUCAAGCUUUGAGGUUUAAGAGUGGAGUAACAGUAACUCCCAUACAGUUUUAAGAGUUAAGCUUUUUAGUAGUGGAAGUACAAAACAACUCCCACUCAGUUAAGUAUAGUGAUCAAGUAUUAAUAAGUAUUUAAAUGUAAGGGCGUAGACUGACCCCAUCUCACUCACCAGUUUGAGGAGCUAGAGGAGCAGUUAGUGAGCAGCAAGUUCGAGGGCAGCCAGCUAGAGGAGAGCAGUAUAAGCGUCACGGAGGAUGCUUAGUCAAGGUUUUCAGUAACAAGAGAUUACUAGAUAUUUACAUUUAUGAUUAUGAGUACAGACUGGAGUUUAUUUUGAGAUCAGUUUGAGAUUUUGAGUAUUGAGUUUGCCCACGUGUUAGGGCUAUGCUUUGAACAAUAAGUGUGUGUUUUCAAU